AUGGAGAAGACUUUAUGCAGAGAUCUGCUGUGCACCACACCACAUUAUGAGAACGCUUAUCUACAUGAUGUUGUCGAUAUCGUUUUGUACCUUAUCAUGCCCCCUGAAGAUUUUCGCUGCAGGCCGUUGAGGUUUCUGCUUCGGGAAGUAAUAGUACGACGAAUAAUCUUACCUUUGCUCGACCAUUUCUCCGAAGCAGAUGAGAUGAAUCAAAUUUUGAUUUGGCUGCUCAGCGAAAUCUCGCCGCGUCCAGAUGAUUUUGUCGUUUGUCUCGAAAAUAGCAAUUCGCUUGAUGAGCUGGAAGCAAUUUUCAAAUCAGUCCAAGAUGAAAAGAUGAUCUUGCGUGGAAAAGAUUCCGGCGGUGACCAAGAAGUGAUCGGUAAGAAAUCCAUUGUUCUUGCUUACUCAGUACUCAAUCUCAGUCGUUUAGUACGGAGGAUAAUCCUACCUCUCCUUGACCAUUUUUCCGAAGCGGAUGAGAUGAAUCAAAUUUUGAUUUGGCUGCUCAGCGAAAUCUCGCCACGUCCUGAUGAUUUUGUCGUUUGCCUCGAAAACAGCAAUUCGCUUGAUGAGCUGGAAGCAAUUUUCAAAUCGGUCCAGGAUGAAAAGAUGAUCUUGCGCGGAAAAGAUUCUGGUGGUGACCAAGGUGAGAGGUGUUUUUGUGAAACAACAGCUCAGCAGUUUGGACUUUGUGGAGAGUCUCAUCAAGAAGAGACUGAUCUUAUUGGCCAAUAG